UUAUUCAUUUUACUUUACCAAUUAGUACUGCCGGUUCUUCAAUUUAUCAUCUUUCUCUCAUCUUCAGCACAGCACACAUAGCCAAAUUCAGACACACAAACAGAGCGUCUGCUAUGAAGCGUGCACUCAUGGCUGACGAUGCAGCGGCGAAUAUUGCGGAAGGCGAAAAGAUGAAGAGGAUUAGGGUUGACGAAGAGGAAGAAGAUGGGGAAAAAGGAAUUGGGUUUGUGAAUCUGGAUGAGAAUCUGCUGUACGAGGUGUUGAAACAUGUGGACGCGAGGACGCUCGCGGCGGCGUCCUGCGUGAGCAAACUCUGGCACAGGACGGCGCAGGACGAGCGGCUCUGGGAGCUGAUCUGCACCAGGCACUGGGCUAACAUCGGCUGCGCCAAUCAACAGCUCCGAUCUGUGGUCCUCGCUCUCGGGGGGUUCCGUCGUCUCCAUUCCCUUUACAUCUGGCCUCUUUAAUCUGUCCCAUCUAUAUCUAUUUGUUGUUCUAUUCCCUUUACAAUGGUUAGAAAAUCUCCCUCUAUUAUGACUGAUCUGUAUUCCCUCUCAUUGGCCAUUUUUGCCGUAUAUAAGGCACCUAUUCCUUCAGUAAGUAGAGGAUUCAUUAGACAUGGUUUUAAGAAUUUUUUGAUAGCUAAUACUCUGCCUACAUGAUCCCGAGCCACUAGACCAAGUCCUACUCUUCCUCUUCCUUUAUUUAGACUUGCAUUCCAGUUAAUUUGGGUUACCCCUGAAGGUGGAGAUUGCCAUAUGUUGUUGAUAUCUGCAA